AGAAAUGCAGUGGCUUACAUCAAUUUUGGUGGGGCUGUUCGCCUCGUUCUUAUCAAUAACAAUGUGCGUAGCUGUGCAACCGCUGGAUGAUGGCAAAUUGCGCGUUUGUGUGGUGGAAUCGCGUGGCAAUUAUCGGAAAAGCCCCCAGUUCUGCCCGCUGCUGGCGGCCAAGAGCAACAUCGAGUGCGUCAUCGGCGUGGACCGGCUGGACUGCGUGCGGCGGAUCCACAAGGGCACUGCCCACUUCGGAGUGCUCUCCUCGGAGGAUCUGGUGGCCGCCCGCUGGGCCAGCGUGGAGAUCCUGGUGGCCAGUGAGCUGCGCUCCCACGAGUCCAACUUUGAGUACGAAAUUGUGGCGGUGGUGGACAACAAGGCCAACAUCCACACAGUCCACGAUCUUCGAGGAGCCAAGCUCUGUCAUCCUGGUUACGGCAUGGGCAAUCACUGGACGGAGGUCCUGGCUAAUUACUUUGAAGCCGCCAUGGUUUCCAAGACCUGCGAUCCGGAAAAGACAAUUACAGAAGAUCGUAUUGCCUCCACAGCCAAGUAUUUCGGUCCCAGCUGCAAGGCAGGUCCCUGGGUGCUCAAUCCCGAGCAGGACCGCAUCCUCAAGCGUCGCUAUCCCUCGCUGUGCGAGAUGUGCUACGAGCCGGAGAGCUGUGACCAGAACGACAAGCACUGGGGGCGACGUGGAGCCCUCUACUGUCUGACCAGCGGUGGUGGCGACGUGGCCUGGGCUCGCCUGGAUGAUGUGCGGAGUCAUUUCGGGUUCUCCGGCAUUGCGGCCCAGGCGAAUUCCUCGGAGUACAGCUACCUCUGUCCAGAUGGCCACCUGCAGCCCAUGGAUGCCAGCCAACCGUGUGUCUGGGUGGCCAAGCCGUGGCCCGUAGUGGCUGCCCGUCGCUCGCAUGCCGCCCAAGUGCAGCGCCUGGUCACUGGACUCACCCACGACGAGCCGGACAGCUGGCAGAAUGCUCUGCUCAGUCUGCUGGAGACCUACCACGUCUUCACCGUUCCGCUGGACAAUGUGAUAGCCAUCGAUGACUAUCUGGACCAGGCCACCGCCUUCCAGUCGGCCUACAGCUUCCCCGAGUGCAAUCCCCCUCGUUCCAUUGUCUUCUGCACCACGUCCAUCAUCCAGCACGUCAAAUGCUCCUGGCUGCAGGAGGCGUCUCAGGUCUACGGUGUCCAGCCGAACAUCCAGUGCGUGCGGACCAUGGAUUUGCAGCAGUGCCUGGACGACACCAAGUUCAAGGCCACCGAUGUGGUGCUGGUGGAUCAGGAGAUGCGUGUGAAGGCCCAAAGGGACUACAACUUGGUGCCACUGCUGUACGAGUUCUCUGCGGAUAUGCAUGAUCGGUAUGUGACCAUUGCCCUCGUGCACAAGGAUUCGCGGUUCCAGAGCUUCAAGGAUCUGCGAGGCGCUAGAGCAUGUCUUCCCUCGUUCGAGGGAGCUGCCCAUUUGUCCGUUCAGGAGACAAUAGUGAAUGCCACGGGCAAGGUGCACUCGCUGCACUCCUUCUUCCACCGCGACUCCUGCCUGUGGAAUCCGGAGAAGGGUCGCCAGUGCCCAAUGCACUACCAGGGCGAUGAGGGUGCCCUACGCUGCCUCUCCGAGGGCGCCGACGUGGCCUUCCUCAGCUCGGAUGUUUAUAAGAAGUAUGUGGCUGGGAAUCUCACCGCGGAUUGGUUAACCCAUGGCAAGCACAAGGAUCUCCGGUUGCUGUGCCCCUACGGAGGCAUCGAGAAACGCUCUAAUUUCGAUUACUGCUACCUCCACUGGACCACUCGCGGCCACCUGAUGACCCACAAUUCCUCGCUGCCGCGGCGCAAUGAGAUCUACAAUUCGCUGAGGGACAUGGAUCAGUUGUUCGGCCGGAAGUACAAGAGUGAGACGCGUCCGUUUACCCUUUUCGGGAUCUUUGACCAGCGGAACAAUGUGCUCUUCCGGGAUGCCACCGAUGGACUGCUGGGCCUCCAGGAGCUGCACCGCGAUAAUGCCAAGCGUGUGAUGGAACACAUCUACGAUCGGUACACCAAUACUCAGUACUACAAGAACUUUGAUGAAAGUGCAGCUGUGAAAUCUACUCAAAAUAUGUGGAUUUUGCUUGUCUGCUUAUUUUUAGGAUUGUGUCGUUAUAUCGCCUAGUCUCUCGAGCUCAAAUCUAAUCUUAUUUAUUGUGAUAUUACGCUAAACUUAAGUUAAGAAUAUCAAGAGCCUCAAUCAGAGCUGUAUCACCAAAUU